AUGUCUGAGUCAACGCCUCGCAAGCGCUCGCGUUUAGCCUGCAAUUCGUGUCAGUCUCGCAAGCGCAAAUGUUCAGGUGAACAGCCUUGUAGCACCUGCGCCCAAACUGGUGCGGAAUGCCAAUACAGUGCGCGUAAGAAACGCGCCAGAUCCCAUAGUCUGUAUACGAGUCUGCUUGAUGAACGACCUACAAAUGGCUGGUCCAAUACAGCCCCCAAAAAUAUUAAUGCCGCAGCUAGCCCUACGGUACAGACUUCUGCCCACCGUACGAGCAGUUCAGAGGGCGUUACCCAUUCCCUACAGGCCAAUUCUGGCGCUGCCUUUGUUCGCAAGCUUGGGCUGAAAAUCGACCCAGCGCAUGCACCAAGAUUGCAAUUGUUUGCCUGGAAUGUUGGCGAGAGGCGGACAUCGCCAACAGUAUCUUCGGCACUUCCUUCGAUUCCUGUCACAGCCCCGACGCCGACGACUAUCACAAAAAUCAUCUCACAGGAAGAGAUGCGGCGACUAGCAGCGAUUUACUUCGAGAAGGUCGAUUCAUGUUAUACAUUCUUGGACCGUAAAAUGAUUUUCACUCGAAUCGCAAAGCGCUGGGAAUCUUCGCCUCCUAUUGAUUCCGCAGAACAACCUUAUGACGCUGUACUAUGUGGCGUGGCUGCCUUCGGGUAUCUAUUUUCGCGGCGCGAGAUCAUAGCAAUGGAGCUUAGACUCAUUGAGACUGCACGCAUUCUACUAGAUAAGUGUAUACUCGCAGCGGAGAUACCCUCGGUCGACAUGGUGACAGGCUGGGUGUUGCGUGCUGCAUAUCUACGCAUGACAGCUUCACCACAUGCCGCAUGGAUGGCUAGCUGUACCCUGAUGCAUCUCAUCGAGGCUGCAGGAUUGCACCUUGAAACAUCUGAUCCAGAAGCAGCAGGCCUGCUUCAAUCACUGCCCGAGACACACGGCAGCCAAAAUGGCGAUCUAGGAAGCCAGGGCACCAGCGAUCCCGAAACCCGGCAAAGGCUCUUUGGCAUGGCUCGUCACCUUAACACAUGGAUAUCCUUUGACCUUGGCCGCUCCCGGGUUAUUCUUCACGGCGCCACAGCCCUGUCCCCUACAAAGACGCCCGAAUCCCACAAACCACCACACCAUGCACCAAUACGAGGCCCACGCGCCGACCUCUUCCACCUCCUGCCACUUUCCGAAAACCUCGAUCCAACAGGAUCAUCACCACAGGAUCUACCGGAACUCGAAACAGCCCUCACCUCCGUCCUGGACCUCCUCUACUCCGAACCGUCCCUAAUCUUAGUCCAAUGCAAUCUGAUGCUCUGCAUCUUUCGUCGUCUCCGCGCUCUCAAUCCACACGGUCCGUUAUCCUCUAAUCUCCUUGAGCGUGUCCUUGCACUGGCUAGCCGUGGACUCCGCGCAGCACGAGGAAUGGUUGCCUCGACCUGUCCCUGGCACCAAGUUGCCAACGUCCCUUUUCAGGUCGUUUGCUCGCUCUUAGCGAUCGACAAUCGGGCUGCGUUAGCGCUGCUUGCCGACGCGAUGCAGACUCUGCGUGAAGUUCUCACUGCGUACGAUACAUCUUCUAUGCGUGAGGCAUAUUCAACAGCAUACCUACUUAUUGCGUUGCAUCAACGAAGAAAGGAAGAUGAUACCCGUGCUCUUGCCGAGGUUUUGCGGGUCAAUGCUGCUGCGGCGCCCGCCGAUGACCAGACCGAUAGGCAGAUUGCACAGAGCGUGUUAUCCGAUCAGAGUCAAAGGCAUGAGCAAACUGCGCCAGAUGUGUCGGUAACAGACGCAGAGUUCUCGUGGCUGGGUGACUUGAUGAUUGACAUGCCUAGUCUGCAGAACUUUGAUCUGGAUCAAUUUUUAAUGACGGAUGUUCCAUGGCCUUUACCGGAGAUGGGGAUUUGA